AUGCGUUCUCUUUACGCCAAAAAGCCUUCGUUGACCUCUUCUAUAGUCGACAUUCUCCAAACUUCAAUCUUAGUCCUUACGAAGCUAAAGGCCUGGUAUGCCUCGGAGGUUUCCGAGGAUCCAUUAGUGCACAUGCGUACCCGGGCACACCUGAUUGACAUCAUGGUGACCCUGCAAUGGCCCUCGAACGAGCAAGUGUGCAUUGAUUUCGAUGGGUUCCCUGAGGCCCCGAAGAAAGAGCUACUACGUUUGCUCUACAAGCUGUACCCAAAAAAUCGUCAGGCGCGGCCAUACCUGGCAGCCACACUUUCAUGGAGGGAUAUGAGAGAUGUCUUGUGUUCUCCUCGUUAG